UAUGUACACUUCGACGUCACUUCCGGUAGGCGAAUGUUGACGUUUUAGAGAACAUUAUUUCUUUUUUGUCCCGUUUGUUUUAUUAUUCGAAACACAGAAAUACACCAUCAUGUCCAAAGCUGUUAAAGGAGGAGAGAAGGAACCACCUAAUUUCGUGCACCACAAUGCCAUUCUUUGUGAGACUAUAAUGAAAGAGCAAAGACAUCAAAUUCUAUACACAAAUUUCAGUGUAAAUCCUUACAAGAAAAUCCAUGCCUUAUCCGGAAAACCUAAUUCUAAACACGACACAGAAGAAGGUGAAGAAGACACACAUUUCAAAAAGGUGAUAGAACGAGCAAAUCAAGAACCUGUGAAAAAAUAUGCCUUUCCUCAAACAGAAGCCCAAGAAUAUGGAUGGAUAACUCAACCUCUGAUUGAUGUAGACAGAUCUGAUAAAAGGAUUAAUUUCUUCCGCCAGAAUACUCCCAUCACAAAAUAUAUGGAUGCUGCCUGGAGAGUAAAGGAACAAACUGAGAAUAUGAACUAGUGGUGCCUUUACUUUAAUGUCCUUCCCGAUUAAUCUUAUCUUGACCAUCAGAGUGGCACAAUGUUGUGAUUUUUAAGACACGCUUUUUCAAUUCCAUUAAACGUUUUACUGAUUUUUGGCAGUUUUCUAUUCGCAAUAUUCAUCAAUGAGAUGCCACAAUCGUGCCA